AUGACAGAGUUGCCGUUCCCGACUACAACAACACAGAAAGGAAAAUCGUCAAAGAAACUAAAACAAGUUAAAUCAUUCUCGUGUGAAUGGAUUAAUUGCGGAGAAUCAUUUGGUUCGAAGAAUCAGUUGAACAAACAUCAGAUGGUACAACAUUUGGUAUUAAUUCGUGCACAAGAAUCGGAUCCAACGACUAUUGAACAGUCAGCCAAAGGGGCAGAACAGCAGCCGUUGACACUACCAGAAAUGACUCGUGUAUCAUGCGGUUAUGGCGGAUGUGAACGAUCAUUUGAUGCCGUCUAUCAUUUGAAAAUGCAUACUGUAGCAAAGCAUCUCAUUAUUAAUCGAUGUCCCUACUGUUGUACUCAAACUAAUGAGAACUUCCAUCGCUCAGAAUAUCCAAUACCGAUGUGUUUUGAUCCGAAAUGUCAGAGGAAAACAUUUGAACAUUGGUUUCAGGUACUGUUUCAUGUUGUAAACAUACAUCCAGCGUCUCUCGGACUUGGAUUAUAGAUUUGCACUUAGUACACUGAAAGGCUAUUUUAAAUUCGUCAUAUUCUAAAAUAUUUUUGAUUAUAUUUGUUAAAGCAAUAAAUUCUUCGGCACAGAGAAAAAGAAGAAUCUCGAGUUUAUAGCAAUAUCUUAGAGAUUGACUUCAAAAUUUUGCCAUAGAUAAUAGACAACAUUCCCUAGAUGUUUAGCUGUUUUUUUGUUUUAUCACCGUUCGUUUCCUAGUUAUAGCAAAACACUGAAAAACGUCUCAAAAUCCACGUGUUUCAAUUUUAAAACUCUUAUAAGGUGCACAAAAUUCAAAGUUGGAGUAUCGUUCUAUUUUUAAUUCAAACAUACAUAGCUGGUUAGUCCGGAAGCCAAGAAUCGUGAUUAUGUCCGUUUUUACCUCUCUAGUCCACUUCUUCAUGCAAAGAUGGCCAAACAAGACUAUGAUAUGUAUUUGAGAUUCAGGUGUACAAAAUGAGCUAUGAAACAUAUUGUCAUUUUGCUAUACGCUGCUAUAUACUUU